AACAUGAAUGUGUUUGAGUGUUUGUGCAUCAUGUGACCCAGAUUCUCUUCAUCUGCUGUCAGAUUCAAAUCAGGAAGAUGAAACCACACAGCAGCUUCAGCUGAGCUGUCCGUCUGCAGCAGCAGUCUUCUCUGUGAGCUGCAGGGGCUGAUGGGAGCUUGGAGGAGGAGUCCCAAAGAACGUGGUCCUGCUCUCAUCUCACAGCUCUCAGGUCCUUCUUUGUCCUCAGCUGCAUCAGAACACCACUUCUCCUCAGGUUGAGCAGAGGAAACACGGCUGAACAAAAUGCUUUUCCUCCCAGCUGCUGCUCUGUGCUGUCUGUGUUCAGCACUGGUUGCCAUGGCAGCAGAACUGAUUCAGGAGGAUUUAACAUUGACCAGGAGAGUUGGUGAAAGUGUCUCUUUCAGCUGUGGAGGAACUCAGCAGAGAAGCAAUGAUAUAUAUUGGUACCAGAAGAAAGACACAGAACAAUUCAAAAUAAUACUACAUUUUAAUAAAAAUGAUUGUGGAAUAAAUAAAGGUUACGGUCAUCCUCAGAAAGAUGAUUUCACAGCUGAGAAAACCCAGAGAGGAUGUGAAUUGAAGAUCAAUAAAGUCAGAGUGGAUCAUUCAGCCUCCUACUACUGCAGCUGCUGGUCCCACAGGGAUUACUACAUCUUUGGAUCUGGAACUAGACUGUUUGUAACGGCUCAGUCUGUAGUGAAGCCCGUGGUGAGCGUGUACCCAGCAGCAUCCAGAGUCCAUGUGGAGGGGAGCAGCUCCCUGCUGUGUCUGGCCUCAGACAUGUUUCCUCCUGUGGUCCAGUUCUCCUGGAAAAGACAGAAGAACAACGGACCACUGGAGGACCUGACCUCUGAAGAGCAGCUGGAUCUCAGAGAGUCGGGACGUAUCAUCUCUAUCCUGCUGGUCCAGCAACAAAAGGACAGCUCCUAUAAAUACAGCUGCUCCGUCAAACAUGAGGGGGGCACAGUGGAGGCCCAAACUCAACAAGAGUUGCCUCCACUUCCAGCUGAAGGUUCCACAGCAGCUCCAAAAGCCCCAACAUCUCAUCCAGCAUCUUCCAGCAUUCUACCAAAGGGAACAGCCUCUGUUCCUCCUCUGGAUCUGGUGAAGCUGUCCUUCCAGUCAGAGUCCAGGGUGAAGCUGCUCUGCCUGCUGUACUCAGUGCUGAUAGUGAAGAGUCUGGUGUACUGCUGUGGACUCUCUCUGCUGAUGAUCCUCAGAAACAAGGGAGCAUCCACCAACUCCAGACAUGCUGAAUGACUGUUUUCUGCUCGUCUUUUCUCUCCAUCAACUCUCAUCUCAUUCAUCACUUUGAUCACAGUUCUUUAAUGCUCUUUAUGACUUGCUGUAGAUCCUUAUGAUCUACCUUGUGGAGGUGUAGCAUUGUUGUCUUCUGCUUUUGCAUGUAAAUAUUUUGUGCACAUUAGUCCAAAUCUUCCUUAUCUUUACAACAAUGUUCUUAAUAAACUCAAAGAAAAUGU